AUGGCGACUCUGCCGCCCAAUUCUCUGCUUGCCCGAUCCCGGCAACCGCGCGCCGUCCCGUCAGCAAAGGCUUCGGGCGCAUCUGUGACCACCUCUGUAGCUCCGCCGCCCAAUGCUACCUCCAAUGUCAAUCUGUUUCUCACCAAUCUUCGUCUGCUCGACUUUCCUUCCUACCCUGAUUGGCCCGACUUCGACGCCCAAACUUUCACGGUGCAGAAGAAGCGCAUCCAGUGCGUAGAAUGGACGCUUUACCAGCUCUUCGUGCUCUGGGACCCGGAAGAGGCGCGAAAUAAGCUUCAGCCCUUCUUCCCUCCUCGAGACCAUGUCCAAUCCUUGAAUCUGCGUGCCGCCCUCUUACGAAGCCUCGAGCAGGCCAAAAAGACCGGAGUUCUUGGCCGCGAUGCCGUCGUACGCAAGACAAUGUUGGAUGAGUGCAGGGGUGAACGGCUAGAAGAGGUCCUUGCUGUCUUUUCCUCGGCUGUUCUCAAAAAGAUGGUUGCAGAAGUUGCCGAAGCUGAGGGAGAAUACCCCGCUAUUGCUCAACAACUGGCACUGGAAAAUCGUGGAUACAGCGCUGAACGCGCUGAGCUGGUGACACUGGCUCUUGCUCAUAAGGUAUCCAUUAGACAUGCGAUGCGAAGAAAGGAUGCAGCGAGGCAACGAUACCGUGGCCUCGCCGAGCUGCUGCAUCUCAAGGAACAGAACAUUGCGCACCGGAAAGAGCAGAUCAAGGCUGCACGAGAGCAGCCGAAACAUAAAGACAUCUCGGACGAUGUGAAGCUGGAUACCUGGAGAACGGUCCGCAACAACUGGGCUGGAAACGAACAGUGGAUGGAGACCUUGCUUUACGGUGAUGCAAAUGCGCGAAAAGAUGGCGUAUUGACAGCACCUUUCGAUCGAGUUUGGAGGCGUCUGCAGUCCGGUCGUCUUGCCGAGCUGGAAGACCACGGGAAAGGUCUGCUGGAGCAACUCGACGGCCGGGUGAAGACCCAAAAGGAGAGACUAGCGAAAUGGCAGCAUUUCCGACAAAACAUCUCCUACUCCCUCGACGUCCCGCCCAGCAAAAUCUAA